AUGUCAAUCGAAGCUCUGGCAAUGGCGGGCACGGAUUAUAUGGAAUGUGGAAUUAACCUUGAAGCAUGGGAAUGCUGUGGCUCGGAACAGCCACCUCCACAUCUUCGAGCUGAUCAACGAUAUCUGAGCAUUGAGGCUGGCAGAAAGGGUGAUGAUAAGUUGGCAGACAAUAGCGAGGUGGUCAAAGCAAAGAUGCGAGAAUGAGCUAAAGAAGUUGCUUCAAAGAAG